AUGACUAAAGCAGGCCAAUAUGUCUUUAUAUGUUGUCCAGAAAUUUCAGUACGGGAAUGGCAUCCAUUUACAUUAAAAUCAGCAUCCGAAGAAGAUUAUGUUUCAAUAAAUCAUUUACAAUUACAACAAGAGUUGCCCAAAAUUAUGGUUGAUGGACCUUAUAGCGGUGCUUCUGAAGACUAUCGUAUCCCUUACUUAACAAAAUCUACGCACCUUUGUAAAGUUUAUUUUUUCUGGGUUAGUCAUGAUUAUGCAUCGUUUGAAUGGUUCCAAUCACUAUUAAUGGCAAUAGAAGAACAAGAUAUUGAUCAAUUUAUAGAGAUACAUACAUAUCUUACUGUUCCACUACGUAAAUCAGAAAUUGCAAUACAUUUGCUAAUGAUGAUGGAAAUCUUAAGGACACCAUCACCGGUCUAUAAUUACCAACUCAUUUUUGCAGGCCAAAUUGGGAUAAGAUAA